AUGCAUCAACAGCGAAUCGCAACGAGAUUAUUUCUCGUAUUAUUAACUGGAUCUUUACUGGUUCUUCUACUGUUUUCUUCAAUAAGAAAACAAACAAAAAGUGUUACACAUCAUUUACCAUCUUACACCACUUAUGAACGUCUUCAAAAUGAAUAUCCAGAUACUCUCAAUUGUUACUGCUCGAAAAUUACACAAAGCUACUCAUCAUUCAUCACUCUUCGUCCUUUAUUUCAUCCAGUAUGUUCAAGUGCGUUUGUUACUGAUCGCUGGUUCGACCAAUUAAAAUUAACAAAUACCAAUAGUCACGGGAUUUCGAUCAAUGAUUGGCGCAUUGCAGCACUUGGCUAUUUUCAAGCUUUAGCUACACUAUGUCAACUAGCUAAUAGUACUGUAAAUGAUGCAUUACGUCGAUUGAAUGAUCGUAGUGUUGUUAGCAGUCGCUUAGUCACUAAAGCCUUGUUACACGAAGAGUUUAAUGGUACGUUGAAUGAACUUAUUUAUAAUACACAAACUGAAUUCGGACGUAUUCUCAACGUUAUAAGUCUAUUGAAUCAAGUUGAUCAAUAUUUUUCGGGCUCAACUUCCAAUGGUGAACUUCGUCUAUCAAAUCAGACCAACGAUGGACAUAUUGAGAUUAAAUUUAAAUUCAGCGGUCCAUCACCACCAUCGCAGUUCGAUCAACCAUGCCUGUGUGCAUUUCGUCCAGAUUGUGAAUGGCCAAUGGUAUUAUAUGAAAAUGGUGCGAAAAUCGUACCGGGUUUUGUGUGGAAAUGUACAGCAAUUGAUUCUAUUCUUCAGUCGACAUUACAAUAUCCUAUUCCACCUCUUAAUAUCACAACAUUACUUCGAUUUACUAGUAAUGAUACAGUAGCAACAAUAGCCAACAGUAUAUUCGUAGAAGAGUGGACACCAUUAGUUUUUUAUGAAAAUUAUUUUCACACCUGUGCACCGACCAUAUGCAGUUAUACAUACGCAAAACGUGCUAAUCUUUUAUAUAUUUUAACAACUUUGAUUAGUUUAUAUGGUGGACUGACAAUUAGUCUACGUUUGUUGGCUCCGCUCAUAGUCCAGUUCUUUGUACGGCGACAACGGCAGCAGUCAGUUCGUUCAGAAACACAUAACGAACGAAUGCCAUUUAUUAUUCGUCUUCGUACCCAUGCCCGAGCUCUAUUUGGUUUCAUUCGAAUAAAGAUAACUAAUUUAACUUUUUUUCCUCUACACUCUUUUGGUAGUAAUGUCGAUCGAGUAAUGGCUGAUAGAUUGAAUCGACUUGCGAGUAGACUCUAUGUUGGUUUUCUUGUUGUUGGUCUAACUAUACUUAUCAUGUACACUUCAAUUCAGGAAAGAAUCGUUACAAAAAAUAUAUUGUAUCCAUCAAUGCUCAAAGCGCAACAAAUACAAAAUGAUUAUAGCAACACAGCUCAAUGUCCUUGUGCAAAAAUCGCCAUACCACUCGAUCGAUUUAUUACUGUUCAACCAACUUUUCAUCAGAUAUGCUCAAGUGUAUUUGUAACCGAUGAAUGGCGUAAUGAACUCACAGCCGAUCUCAGUAAUAUGUCCUACUAUGUGAAAAUAGGAGACUAUCGUGGUUUUAUAUCAGCUCAUCUACAAUUCGUUUCUGGUUUAUGUGAACAAUCGAUCGUACAAGUAAAUGAUGCUGUUCGUUCAUUUACAUCAACUUCACUUGUUGCAAGUCAACUUUUAUCUGAAACGACAUUUAAUACACGCUUAGCAAACUUGUCGAGUCGUGCUGGUGCAAAUGCACCUACCAUAUUUGUUCGUGCAUUUCAAUUAGUACGUAACAUUAAUCAUGGUAAUGCAUUGAUGUCGAUCUAUCGUAGCAACUUUGAAUUUGUGACUCGACAAAAUCCAAUUGCUAGUCUGUCAACAUUGAUGACACAUUCAAUGACAUAUAAUGAAACGCCAAAUUGUUUAUGUGGACAAGAAUCAAGAUGUUUAAAUUCAGCAGCGUUUACUUCACCUGUUUAUGUUGAGAUAAAAGGUCUUUAUAUAGGAUGUUUACCUAGUGAGUCAUUAUUAGCAUCAACAUUCGAAUGUUUUUAUGAUAGCGAUUGUAUCGAUCUCAUUCGAAAUCAUAUGUUUGGAAAUAAAACUCGAACAUUUGCACUUCCUCUCAAUCACAGUAAUGAAUUUAAGUCGUACUACAAUCCAAAUACAACAAUUAAUGACAUUGCUAGUCAAUUGUUUGUCGAAGAUUGGUCUAUGAAAACCAACUACGGUCUUUAUUUCAUUGAAUGUGCACCGACAAAUUGUUUUUAUUCAUAUACAGAACGUGCUAAUCCAUUUUAUGUAGCAACUACAUUACUUGGUUUGUACGGUGGAUUAACAGUUGUGUUACGUUGGUGGUCACCACGUCUGGUCAAACUCGGUCGGAAAGUGCAAAUAUACUAUAUAAGAAAGCGUCAAAACAAUAUUACACCUAUCACAACAUAA